CGGUGGAGAUGUGAUUUUUCCAUCUUGAUGCAAUUUUGGUAACUGUUUCCCGCGUACGUUUGUGAAUGCUUAUAUUCGAGGCAAGACACGUUCGGCGACGCGAGUGCCCGCGUUUAAACUUUCCCGCUCACCUGCGCAUCGGAUUACCUAUCGCCCGUUCCGAGCAUUUGACUUGCUAAUGAGAUCUCCGUCGGUUCAGACAAGAUCACGGAUACCACAUUACCAGUAAGUACAUAGCCAGUAGCGUGCCGGUUCUCCUUACGGACGCGAAGGGAACGUUAAGCAGAUAAGGUCGCGAAACAAUGCUGGCGAACGCGUCUGCAAACGAGGCGAAAGACGAGCUAUGGGCUAUAUACGCCUGGUGGUCGUGCGUGCUCGUGCUGAAGAUGAUGUCGCUGACCUGGUUCACCGGGCGGGUUCGAGUGGAGAAACAGGUGAUUCAUAGCGAAGAGGACAGGAUAUGGAUGCUCAAACCGGACGUAAUCUUAUGCCCAACUGGCGAUGGCCAUCCUGACGUGAUUCGCAUCCGGAGUGCUCACAGAAAAGAUCUCGAAACUAUUCUUAUUUUUCUAGUCUUCUCGCCGCUCUGGCUGAACAUCGAAACGUGCAUUUCCACAGUGAAGAUCUUAAUACCAAGCUUCUCGCUAAGCAGUAUAUUCUAUACCAUACUGCAUAUGCAACUCCUACAAAUGCCACCCUUCUACAAAGUUGUAUUAUCCACGACUAUGUUUCUUAUCCUGACUUACAUAUGUGCGCUCGCUACCGUGAGAUACAUAUUUAUUAUCGCGGAAUAUAAACUCUAAUUAAAAAGAUGUAAGCAAGAAAAAAUACUCGCGACACUGAUGCAUUCCAUGACAGAUAUUUUAUAUCUUAUAUAUAAAUAAAAAAAUUAUAUAUAA